UUCAGCUGUGUGGCUACACACCAGGAAGUACAGCUGACAAAAAAAACUACCAAGCCCUGUUGUUCAGAUAGUUCCUCAUAGUGACCGGCUGCAGGGGAAGCGGCCACCGCCACCACUGCUGCUGCUGCUGCUCCCUCUUCCAUUCCCGCAGGGCUAGAAAGCCAUAUACUACCGGACUUCGCGGACCUCGCCUCCCUGUUCCAUCCACACCUUGCUUUCUAUUAUCCUGGCUGCUCCCGGCCGCUGCAGGGAUCCGCUGUAACCUACAGAUCGAGGAAAAAUAUGGGAUGUAUCAAAUCGAAAACGAAAGACCGUGGACCGGGGUUAGAAAACGAUUUGAAGAACUAUCCAGUACGUAAACCUGAACGAACUAUUUAUGUACCAGAUCCAACGUCCAAUAAGCAGCAAAGGCCACAACAAAAUGCAGGAAGUCUUCUACCUGGACAAAGGAUGCUGCCUGCAGAAGCAGAGGAGAAGGGAAAUAUUGUAGUAGCAUUGUAUCCAUAUCAAGGGAUCCACCAAGAUGACCUAAGCUUCAAAAAAGGAGAAAAGUUGAAAGUUCUUGAAGAGCACGGAGAAUGGUGGAAAGCAAAAUCCUUGAUCACCAAGAAAGAAGGAUUCAUUCCAAGCAAUUAUGUGGCCAAAGUUAACACGCUAGAGACAGAAGAAUGGUUUUUCAAGGACAUUACGAGAAAAGAUGCAGAACGGCAACUGUUAGCUCCUGGAAAUAGUCCUGGUGCCUUCCUGAUCAGAGAGAGCGAAACGUUGAAAGGUAGCUACUCGUUGUCAAUAAGGGAUUUUGACCCCAAGACCGGGGACGUCAUUAAGCACUACAAAAUCAGGACUCUCGAUAAUGGCGGUUUUUACAUAUCUCCCAGAAUCACUUUCCCGUGUAUCAGUGACAUGAUACACCAUUACCAGAAACAAGCGGACGGACUAUGUAGGAAACUUGAUAAGCCAUGCUAUAGUCCAAAACCACAAAAACCCUGGGACAAGGAUGCUUGGGAAAUUCCAAGGGAGUCUAUCAAACUAGUGAAGAAACUUGGAGCUGGCCAGUUUGGAGAAGUCUGGAUGGGUUUCUAUAAUAAUAAUACAAAGAUAGCGGUGAAAACGCUGAAGCCAGGAUCCAUGUCUGUGGAAGCUUUCAUGGAGGAAGCAAACCUGAUGAAGACCCUCCAGCAUGACAAACUAGUUAGACUUUACGCUGUGGUUACCAAGGAGGAUCCAAUUUACAUUAUUACUGAAUAUAUGGCCAAGGGAAGUCUUCUAGAUUUUAUGAAGAGUGAUGAAGGUCCUAAAGUGCUUCUUCCAAAGUUGAUUGACUUCUCUGCUCAGAUUGCAGAAGGCAUGGCCUACAUAGAAAAAAAGAACUAUAUCCAUCGGGAUCUUAGGGCUGCCAAUGUGCUGGUCUCCGAUUCUCUAAUGUGUAAAAUAGCUGACUUUGGUCUGGCCCGAGUCAUUGAAGAUAAUGAAUACACAGCAAGAGAAGGUGCAAAAUUCCCCAUCAAAUGGACAGCCCCAGAAGCAAUUAACUUUGGAUCAUUUACAAUAAAAUCAGAUGUGUGGUCCUUUGGAAUUCUCCUAUAUGAAAUAAUUACAUAUGGAAAGAUCCCCUAUCCAGGUAUGAGCAACGCAGAUGUGAUGUCGGCCCUCCAGCGUGGAUAUCGGAUGCCACGCAUGGAGAACUGUCCUGAGGAGCUGUACGAUAUCAUGAAACAAUGCUGGAAGGAGAAAGCGGAAGAGAGACCAACAUUUGAUUACUUACAGAGUGUGUUGGAUGACUUCUACACAGCUACAGAAGUACAAUAUCAACAGCAGCCAUAGACCAUGGAUAAAUCCCCCUAUUGUAAUAUAAAACUGACUGAACAGGUUAUUCCAGUUCCCCUUUUCCUAGGGCACCUGGAGAAUCUGCUACUGCUGAAUAACCACGUCCAGUAGUGUACUCUCUGACCAUGGCUUUCUGAUUUCUGUGUCAUCGGAAUUUAUGUGGGGUACAUUUUACAUGGACUUUUUGGCAUCAGAUUCCUAGGAACUAUGAAACAAAUGUGUAUAUAAAGGACUGCAAUCUCUGAGGAUUUAAAGGUGAAAUUAGCUAACCGGUUAACAUGUAUCGGUCACCUAAUCACAGCUGAGGCAGCCAUAUUGUGGACUAUACCAAUGUGUUUAAGUGAUAAACAUAAAGGCGUGAAUUGCAUAAUCCAACAAGAGUCCCUGGCACAUCGGUGUUUCAUAAAUAUAAUCCGAUUAUAACAGGUUUCAAAUAUUUGUCAUGAGGUUUCCCCUUUCUGCAAGAGCAUUGGUCUAUAACUGGGAUAAGCAGCCCAGAAUAUAAAACCACGCGUUUGCGCUACACACUAUGUACAAAUUGUAUUUAAAUUGUCUUUGUGUCCUUAUAGUCUAUGCACAACAUAUAAAAAGACAAUCUGUUUUACAGUAGCAAGGCCACCAGGUGAGUGUGUUAACAUAACACACAGAUAAAUUUAGUGGUGAGAAAAUCUAAAGGUAAGUAUUAUAUUCUCAGGGAUUUUAGUAAACAUUGUGGUUCAUUAAAUAUACCUGAAUGCAUAUAUACAAUAACCAGUCUUUUUAGCAAGUUGGCUUCUUGCAGCUUAAAAGGGAGAUUUAAAAGUAAAUGAGACAUUGCUUAGACAAGAAGUUGAAAAACAGUACCUUAGGGUCUCUUAGAUCUGUUUUAUUUGCAAUAUUAUAAUGCACAGAUAAAAUGUACCUUUUCGGGUAUAUGGGUAAAAAAUUACGGCAAGAUUUGUGAUGUUUAGGCUUCAGAGAGCGGCACCUUUAGUGACACUUUUGUGAAACGGUGUGGUGUAAAGAUUGGCACAGAAGCUGUGUUCCCCCUUGUUCAGGCAGCCUUUGCACAGUGCCACUUAUACAACCACAAGUCCGACAGUUCCACUGGAAACAAUAUUUGAUCAACACAAAAUUUUGUUGCAUUUAAUGGAGCACCUACAUUUUAUAUUGGAACUCGUACCAAUAAAUUAAGUGUAAAAUACAAAGAAGAAAAUGAAGAUGAAAGAAAUGUUUCUUAAGUGAACAACAACCCUGCUUAAUUUAUCUGUUUCUCGUUAUUAAUUAUUUAAUAUUAUGUGGAAGUGAACCUGGCAAUCCAUGUUAGUAUGUGAUAUCAUCAUAUUUCCUACUGCAGAUACUAGGGAACAGGAAUGUUAUUGUUCCUGUAAUAGUAAAGCAGAGACGUCAUUGUAUCUAAUCUAUGGUCAUUAAAAAUUUCAAGUAUAUGGCUUAUGCCUAAAUUUGUGACUUCAGUUCCUAUUUCCCUGGGCUAUAAAUCCAUAAAAGGUCCAAUAUACAGUACAGGUAUGCUGACCGCCGGGAUCCCGACCGACGGUCACCUGACUACAAGCCUACAAGGAUAUAGGAAACGUCUUUGUAAGCUGCCUUGCACACUUCAAUUAGCCAGUUUGUAUAAUGUAAUGUAAGUAGGUAGAUCAAGCCACUGUGAGUGGAGAGUGACACGUCACAUCACUCAUAGGUAGAAUGGAAGUACUUUAUAUCACUGAAUACAGUGGAGGCAAUCUGUGCAACAUGCACUGCCCUUUGCUGUACAUUGAGGGUAAGUUACAGGUAAACCUACCUAGGUAAGCAGAUAUUUGCCACUGUUGGAUAUGAGAGCCACAUGAGCUAAAAGUGUAGGUGGCUGGUCCAAUUUGAAGGUGUUUGCUUCAAAAUGAAGCUCAGACACUCAAUAACCUUACUUUGACUAUUGUUCUGUUUGCAAGUAAGGGUCAAAAAGGUAUUUGUAAGGCAAUCAUGAUUUAAUAAGUGGGUUGGAGACCUUGAGCACAUGUUUAUGUUCUGUGAGCAAAAAGUGCUAUCUCACGCGGUGACCUUACUUAUGCACUGAGCACAUAAGUGAAUAUGUGAUCAUUGUACAAUGUUCCUUCUAUUUACGAGAAUUAUCUUACUGCAUAUCAUUUCUACUAACCAAGGCUGAAUUCACACACCUGAUUCUAAGGUUCUACAAGUUUUUGCUGUUUCCUUAAUCAACUUUGUAAUGUAAAUCUAUUUUAGUAAAAUAAUUUUGUUAUUGCUAAA